CCCAGCUCAAUCUUAAUAAUUAGGAAGGCAUUAAAAGAGGUGGAGACCGCAUACAGAGAAAGAGAGAGAGAGGAGGAAAUGGGGUUCACUGAAGGGCACAUUGCAGAGGAGAAGCUCUUCCAAGGGAAAGUGUUCCCGAAAACACUCGUCCCUUCUGAAGCUGGCAAGUCCGGCUUGAGUGAUCUGGUGGAGGCGGUGAAGGCCGAGAGGGAGCUGAUCUCCAAAGCACUUGCGGAGCACGGUGCUGUGCUCUUUAGGGGUUUUGACGUGGGGUCCGCCGAGGAUUUCUCCCGCGUCGUCAACUCCUUGGGGUCCGAGGAGUUCAGCUACAACGGCCCAGCGGAUCGGAUCAAGCUUGCGGAUCGGGUUUACACCGCGAACGCCGUUCCGUUGGAUAUCAACAUCCCGUUUCACCAUGAGAUGGCCCAGAUUCGAACAUAUCCUCCGAAGAUCAUAUUCUUCUGUAUGACAGCCCCACCAGAGGGUGGACAGACCUCAAUCAUCCCAAGCAACGUCAUCGUUGAGAAGCUUCAAGAGAAAAAACCAGAAGCCGUUAAAAAAUUUGAACAGGAUGGAGUCAAGAUCGUUCUACAUACAAGAGCUGCAUUCAAGAUCGACGGUUCAGAUUCGACAAAGGGCUCAUUUGUCUGGCAACGGAUGCUCAAAACUCAGGAUCAGUUAGAGGCAGAGAAGAGGGCAAUGCAGAUGCUGGCGAUCAACUCUGCAAACUUCAAGGAUGAUGGCUCAGCUGAUUUUGUCUUUGGACCGAUGAAUCCCAUAAGAGAUAUAAAUGGAAAGAGAAUCAUGUUCAACAAUAUAUUGCCGUACGAGACUGCAGAAAGAGGUCAGUAUGUGAGCUUUGGUGAUGGAGAGCCUCUUCCAUCGGACGUCAUCGAUGCAAUGAAUGAGAUUUUGGCCGAGAAUUCUGUUGAUGUUGGGUGGCGAAAGGGCGAUGUAUUGUUGGUUGAUAAUCUUGCGGUGCAGCAUGCAAGACGUGCAGGGAAACCCCCGAGAGCUGUGUACGUGUCUCUCUCCAACUAAGUUUAGUAUGUUGAUCGACUCAAACACUAAACAGCUUGUAUGUAAAGCAGGAAACCCCCAUUUUUGGGAGAUCACCUAAAUAAAACUUAGAUUAUGUGUAUGUCCUGGAAAUCUUGUGUAAUGAGCGUGUAUUGUCACUUUAAAAUAAACGAAUUGAAACUUUGAGGGUUCCUAUUCCA